UAUCAACUGCCGCUGCGGGGAACCCGUUCGAGGUCCGUCGCUUCGUCUCUACACUCCAGUCUCCGCUUCCCCUGCCCCAUCCGCCCCUCUUCCUCUCCCCUAGCUCUCACCAAACCCAAAAAAAAUCUUCUCCCAUUUUCGCACCAAGUUAAUCUCCCGGUAGAAGGUUCUCUUCUCAGAUCAGGCCCGUACUUCUCCUAGAUCGGCUCACCGUGCCGUUUGGAACCCGCGGGUUAUUUUCCUCGAGAUUUGUCUGUCUGCCACCUGCAAGCCCCGGGAUUUGCCGGAUCGCAACUGUCACCCGGCUGCGACGAACUGGUGGGUUGCGGGGUGGUGAUUGGUAGGAUCGUUUUGGUGAGUUUCGUGGGGGUGUUUUGGUGAUUGACGAGCGUGUCGCUGCAGUGUUUUCGUGCGUGGAUCUGCUGCAGAGCGGCGGAGGAAAACGGCUUUCUCUGUCGUUGUUUCGAUCUUCUAUCGUGGUAUAGAUCUGGAAGGGCCGUGUGUGAUUAGCUGCCCCAAGCUGCCUCAGUUGCAUCAGAAAGUGAACAACCUGCACGCCCAGCACUAUCACCACCGUCUGCAGCGAUGGAGGCUCUUGUGGUUAUGUCGGAGCAGCGCAACCACCGUUCUAGUGGCCAAAGGAAAUCAACUGGCCCAAACUUCUCGUCACCACCUUCAUCCCGUGGUUUUCGUGGCAUGAACUGCAGGUCAUCCCACUCCGCUGUCUGUGCUGGCCUCCUCCCAUCACCACCUCCACCACCUGCCCGUACAUACUCAUCCCCAGAGCCAAAGACACCGAAGCAGCAGCAUGUGCGGCACAGUGGCAAGCGCAGCAGGCCCAUCUCCAUAAGCCCCUCCAUGUCCCCUCCUUCGCGGCCGGAGCUGUGGGCAGGCCCUGCAUUUUCCAACUCGCCUCCCCCAAGCUCACUGCCGAUCCCUAAGUUCUCUCUCUGGGAAAAGCGCAGUGUAUCGCUUGAGCUGCCUCCAGUUGAGCGGUGUGAUGAUGUGGAGGUGAGACCACAUGCUAAAUCGGCUCCAUCCUCACCGGUUGGUGGAUCAGGGUUUGGCUUCUUCAAUGAUAAGGAUACUGCUAUUGCCACGGAGAAUCUGAGGAGGAUUCUCCAGUUGGAUAUCACAGAUCAUUGAAUUGUAGGAGGAUGGAACAGAGUUCUUGUGUAUAUAGGUUCUCUUCCACUGACUUCAGUGUUUUCACAUGCAUAGUAGUGUACAGGGUCAUGGGAAAAAUAACUUUGGAGUCAUAACCUUUGGGCAAUAUCAUGCUCUAGGAAGUUCUGUAGGCGAAGCAUCUCCUAGCAGAAACUGCCAUGGGAUGUCGUGAAGGGCAUGGGGUAAUCCUGGUGUGGGGCGGCAGUUGAUGACACCUUUGUAGCUGUAUUCACCUACAUAUUUCCUGUAGUCCUUGUGCUAAUCCUAGGUAUAGUUAGGAAUUUUCCUAUCUUAGUAUUGCAUCCAUCGUACCCUUGCUGAACAGACAGUGGUACUCUGUUAGAGAAGAAGCUUCAUUUCCUUAUGCAUUAGGUUCAGUGUCAGUUGUCUAUAGCGUGCAUCCCAAUCCUUGACCAGAUUUUAAAUUUCUGUAGGAUUCCUAAAUGUCAUCAGUCUUGCAUAUCCUUGCAUGCAUAUUUUCCUUGCAUUCUCCAUUCAACUGACUUCCACUUCUAAUCAUCCGGACUUCGCUGGUGCUUUCCGAAGCACUGGAAUCUCUCCUCACUGGCUCUUCUGUUUUUUGAAAGGAAGAAGCUGGGUUGAAGAUGGAAGAAGUCUUUCUCACUUCUAUGCCAGUACUAACUUUCUACUCUUUCAGUCUCACAUCUUUUCUUUACCAUGUCAUAGUCUCUCCACCACCAUUCUUUUAGGUUCAUCUCAUGUCAUUCUGCAAGUUGCAUUUAUCACCAAUCCUUCAGUCAAUCACAUCCUUGUUCGUGCCCGCAACAAUUUCAUGAACCACUUAGAGAGUUUUGGUUUUCUUCACGCACCAAGUGAUCUUGAGAAAGGAAGUCAGACUCAGGAGACCUGUGGAUCAUGCAUACCCAAAUAAGAUCGUUUUACCCUGCUGCGAGGUACCUGCUAUAUUGUUACGUGUCGUUAUCUAGCAAUCAAGACUGAUAUGCUAGAGUUACAAGUUCAGUCAUUAGUGUCGAGCUUGGAUAAUUGCUUCUGUUUAUAUUAGAGUGUUAUCAGCAGAUCCUACUAUGUUACAUGCUCAUGUUAUCUGGUAAUGUUACUAUGGUUAGUAUCAGAACGCGAACGCCGUCUUCUGUUAUAUUUAAGCUAAAGUGCUUUUGACCGAUCAAGUUGGUAUAUUUCACUGUUUAUUGUAAUGCUGUUGAUGUUUGGUCUACCAUCACAAGAUUCCCUGUAGCCUAGACCAUGUUGUGUAUAUAACCAGUAUUUUGAAAUGUGGAUGUCAAAUGAGCAAGGUAU